GCCCGCAGCGGCGGCGGCAGCGGCGGCCACAGCAGCUCCGCCGGCAGCCGCGGGAGCACGGCGACGCCAGCGGCGGGAAGGGAAAAGGCCAAGGCAUCAGCGUAUGAAGACCGCAGAGACAAUCCCGAGUACAGUUGUGAACGGCAUUGCUGCUAGGCUCCUCCUGCAGAUCAUCUGAAAUGAACUUCUCUUACUGAUUUUUAUUGGCCUAGAGCCAGGAGUACUGCAUUCAGUUGACUUUCAGGGUAAAAAGAAAACAGUCCUGGUUGUUGUCAUCAUAAACAUAUGGACCAGUGUGAUGGUGAAAUGAGAUGAGGCUCCGCAAUGGAACUGUAGCCACUGCUUUAGCAUUUAUCACUUCCUUCCUUACUUUGUCUUGGUAUACUACAUGGCAAAAUGGGAAAGAAAAACUGAUUGCUUAUCAACGAGAAUUCCUUGCUUUGAAAGAACGUCUUCGAAUAGCUGAACACAGAAUCUCACAGCGCUCUUCUGAAUUAAAUACCAUUGUGCAACAGUUCAAGCGUGUAGGAGCAGAAACAAAUGGAAGUAAGGAUGCAUUGAAUAAGUUUUCAGAUAAUACCCUAAAGCUGUUAAAGGAGUUAACAAGCAAAAAAUCUCUUCAAGUGCCAAGUAUUUAUUAUCAUUUGCCUCAUUUAUUGAAGAAUGAAGGAAGUCUUCAACCUGCUGUACAGAUUGGCAACGGAAGAACAGGAGUUUCAAUAGUCAUGGGCAUUCCCACAGUGAAGAGAGAAGUUAAAUCUUACCUCAUAGAAACUCUUCAUUCCCUUAUUGAUAACCUGUAUCCUGAAGAGAAGUUGGACUGUGUUAUAGUAGUCUUCAUAGGAGAGACAGAUAUUGAUUAUGUACAUGGUGUUGUAGCCAACCUGGAGAAAGAAUUUUCUAAAGAAAUCAGUUCUGGCUUGGUGGAAGUCAUAUCACCCCCUGAAAGCUAUUAUCCUGACUUGACAAACCUAAAGGAGACAUUUGGAGACUCCAAAGAAAGAGUAAGAUGGAGAACAAAGCAAAACCUAGAUUACUGUUUUCUAAUGAUGUAUGCUCAAGAAAAGGGCAUAUAUUACAUUCAGCUUGAAGAUGAUAUUAUUGUCAAACAAAAUUAUUUUAAUACCAUAAAAAAUUUUGCACUUCAACUUUCUUCUGAGGAAUGGAUGAUUCUAGAGUUUUCCCAGCUGGGCUUCAUUGGUAAAAUGUUUCAAGCACCGGAUCUUACUCUGAUUGUAGAAUUCAUAUUCAUGUUUUACAAGGAGAAACCCAUUGAUUGGCUCCUGGACCAUAUUCUCUGGGUGAAAGUCUGCAACCCUGAAAAAGAUGCAAAACAUUGUGAUAGACAGAAAGCAAAUCUGCGAAUUCGCUUCAGACCUUCCCUUUUCCAACAUGUUGGUCUGCACUCAUCACUGUCAGGAAAAAUCCAAAAACUCACGGAUAAAGAUUACAUGAAACCGUUACUGCUUAAAAUCCAUGUAAACCCACCUGCAGAGGUAUCUACUUCCUUGAAGGUCUACCAAGGGCAUACGCUGGAGAAAACUUACAUGGGAGAGGAUUUCUUCUGGGCUAUCACGCCGAUAGCUGGAGACUACAUCUUGUUUAAAUUUGAUAAACCAGUCAAUGUAGAAAGUUAUUUGUUCCAUAGCGGCAACCAAGAACAUCCUGGAGAUAUUCUGCUAAACACAACUGUGGAAGUUUUGCCUUUUAAGAGUGAAGGUUUGGAAAUAAGCAAAGAAACCAAAGACAAACGAUUAGAAGAUGGCUAUUUCAGAAUAGGAAAAUUUGAGAAUGGUGUUGCAGAAGGAAUGGUGGAUCCACGUCUCAAUCCCAUUUCAGCCUUUCGACUUUCAGUUAUUCAGAAUUCUGCUGUUUGGGCCAUUCUUAAUGAGAUUCAUAUUAAAAAAGCCACCAACUGAUCAUCUGAGAAACCAACACAUUUUUUCCUGUGAAUUUGUUAAUUAAAGAUAGUUAAGCAUGUAUCUUUUUUUUUUAUUUCUACUUGAACACUACCUCUUGUGAAAUCUACUGUAGAUAAGACGAUUGUCAUUUCCACUUGGAAAGUGAAUCUCCCAUAAUAAUUGUAUUCGUUUGAAACUAAGCUGUCCUCCGAUUUUAACUUGACUCAAACAUUUUUCAAUUAUGACAGCCUGUUAAUAUGACUUGUACUAUUUUGGUAUUAUACUAAUACAUAACAGUUGUACAUAUUGUUACAUUCUUUAAAUUUGAGAAAAACUAAUGUUACAUACAUUUUAUGAAGGGGGUACUUUUGAGGUUCACUUAUUUUACUAUUAUAGACCCUCUUUUAUAGAUUAUCAGGGAUUAUAUAUAUAAAUAUAUAAAUAUACAUAAAAAUGUUAUGGAAUUAAUUUAUUAGAAACACUUAAGAAGUACAUAUUUUUGUGCAGUAGAUUUUUGAAUCGAUACUUUUUUUGAAAACCAGUUUCCUUGCUUUUUUAAGUUCUUUCUAUAUUUUUCUUUGGAAAUGCAAACAUUACAAAUCAAUGCCAUUUUUCAAAUGCACUGCCAUUUAAGAUUGAUUAUAGAUGGAUUUCUUAACUGAAGUACUUUUAUAAUCACAGUGACUGAACAAAAUAUUUUCAAAGACAUUUGUCAUUCCUUAAAGCCAAGAUUUUAAAGACUAAUGUCCUUCCUGAGGGUUACUUUACUAUACUGUGUAUGGUGUAUAGCCACAGAAAGUCAGUCUGAUAAAUUUUCAAUGUGUAAGUGUGAUGCAUUCAACUCAGAUUAUUGUAGACUGAACUUAUUAUAUUUCCUCUGAUAGGUAAAAUGAGAAACUCUUCUUUCCUUUUUAAUCUUUGUCUUUAAUCCAUGAAUUAGGUGCAUUAUCUCCUGUUGAUUCUUUUAUAUCUGCACUCAUUUUAUGACAUCAGACAAAAUGUUUUCUAGGUGUUGCUAUUGUAUGAGUCAUAAUUGGUAUAAUUUUAAAGAAAAUUGUAAUAUUGUUUUUUGGUGAAAUAUAUUAUUAGUAGUAUGUUUUCCAAAAUGAUUUUAUUGUAGUAUGAACUGAUAAGUGAGUCCUGUGUCCAAGAGAGUGUAUUUAUUACUCUUAAACAUGCAAUUCCAAAUGAUGUUACUACUAUAAACAAAGAAUAUUACCAGUCUCAGCAA